AUGUCGUCGGGGGACGCGGGGCCCGGCGGGCGGGAGGGAGCCCCGCGCGCGGCCGCCGCCCUGUGCGGCCUGUACCACGAGGCGGGGCAGCAGCUGCGGCGCCUGCAGGAGCAGCUGGCCGCCCGGGACGCCCUCAUUGAGCGCCUCCGCGCCCGCCUGGCCGCGCUGGAGGGCGACGCGGCGCCGUCGCUCGUGGACGCGCUGCUGGAGCAGGUGGCGCGCUUCCGGGAGCAGCUGCGGCGGCGGGAGGGCGACGCCGGCGCCGUGGAGGCCGCGCUGCGCCAGGAAGUCCAGAGGCUGUCGGAGCAGCUGGCGGCGAAGGAGGCGGCGCAGCAGCGGGCGAGCCCGGGCCCGGAGCGCGAGGAGCUGGCUGCGCUGCGGCGGCGGGUGGCGGAGAAGGAGCGGGCGCGGGCGGCCAGCGACACCCUGUGCCGCUCCCUGGCCGACGAGAGCCGCCAGCUGCGCAGGACUCUGGCCGCCACGGCCCACAUGUGCCAGCACCUGGCCCGGCGCCUGGAGGCGGGGCAGGGCGCCGCGGGGCAGCAGCGGCCUGAGCCGGAACACACAGGCGGGGACGCCUCGGUCCAGGCUGCCGUGCAGAAGCUCCAGGAGGAGAACCGGCUGCUGAAGCAGAAGCUGACUCACGUGGAAGACCUCAACGCCAAGUGGCAGCGCUACGACGCCAGCCGGGACGAGUACGUGCAGGAGCUGCGGGCCCAGCUGCGGGCGCUGCAGGCUCCCCAGGCCGAGGCGGAGGCGGAGCUGAUGAGGAAGGAGAUCGCCAGGCUCAACGGGCAGCUGGAGGAGAGGCUGGGCGAGUGCGCGGGGGCCGCGAGGGAGCUGGCGGCAGCGCGGGAGCGGGCGCAGAUGCUGGAGCAGCAGAUCCUCACCUACAAGGACGACUUCACGUCGGAGCGGGCGGACCGGGAGCGGGCGCAGGGCAGGAUCCAGGAGCUGGAGGACCAGGUGGCGGCCCUGCAGCGCCAGGCGCGCAGACAGGGCCCCCCAGAGGCAGGCUCCUGCUGGAUCCACACGGCGAGCAGAGCACCCAGGCACGCGGAGACCAAGGCUUCGGAGGGUGCGGUGCCCGGUGGCCAGAGGCCCGUGUCCGCCUCCCGGGGCCCGGCCCCCGGAGCCGGCCGGGGAGGCCAGGGGGACCUGCAGUGCCCGCACUGCCUGCAGUGCUUCAGCGACGAGCAGGGCGAGGAGCUCUUCCAGCACGUGGCCGAGUGCUGCCAGUGA